AUGCCCACAAACGGAAUUAACAGGGCCCUGAAGCUGCAGUUUGGCCUCAUCAACUAUGAGAAUCGCUACCUGACGGCCGAGUCCUUCGGCUUUAAGGUGAAUGCCUCAGGCGUCAGCAUGAAGAAGAAACAGAUCUGGACCCUAGAGCAGGACGAGCAAGAUAGCCAGGUAGUGUUCCUCCGCAGCCACCUGGGACGCUAUCUGGCCUCUGACAAAGACGGGAAGAUUACAUGCGGGGCAGAGAAGCCUGACCCCGACUGCCGUUUCCUUAUUGUGCCUCAAUCUGAUGGUCGCUGGGCACUGCAAUCAGAAUCUUACCUGCGUUACUUUGGAGGCUCGGCUGAUUACCUUUCCUGCUUUGCCCAAGCCAUUGGGGAACAAGAGCUGUGGGCUGUCCAUUUGGCUUUACACCCGCAGGCCAGCCUGCUCAGUGUGGCACGUAAGCGCUAUGCCCAUCUGUCUGCUUCAGAUGGAGAGAUCUCAGUGGACAGCAACAUUCCCUGGGGAGUUCACUCCCUGGUCACCUUGGUAUACCUCGAUGGCAAGUACAGUCUGAAGACCUGCGACAGCCGUUUUCUCAGCAAUGAUGGCAAAUUGGUGAAGGAGAACACCAAUAAUACUAGCUUCACACUGGAGCUGAAAUCUGGCAAGCUGGCCUUUAAGGACUGUGAUGGGAAAUAUCUGACCCCAGUGGGCCCCACAGGGACGCUGCGAUCUGGCCGAUGCUCCAAGCCUGGAAAAGAUGAGCUGUUUGAUCUCGAGGAGAGUCAUCCACAAGUAGUUUUUCAAGCCGCCAAUAAAAGAUUUGUCUCGGUCAAGCAAGGAGUGAGUAUUUCAGCUAAUCAGGAUGUGGAGACAGACAUGGAGACCUUCCAGAUGGAGAUUGAUAAGGAGAGCAAAAAGUCAAUGUUCAGGACCAAUGGUGGAUCCUACUGGACUCUCGUGACUCACGGAGAGAUCCAGUCCACCGCCACAGAAGUAGAGGUCAACACAAUGUUUGACAUCGAGUGGCGAGGGAAGAGGGUGGCACUCAAAGCAAGUAAUGGGAAGUAUGUUUGUACAAAGAAGAAUGGGCAGCUCUCAGCAGUCAGCGAUACAGUGGGUGAUGAUGAAUUAUUCCUGAUGAAACUCAUCAACCGUCCUAUCUUGAUCCUUCGUGGAGAGAACGGCUUCGUGUGUCACCACAAGAACUCCAACACUCUGAACGCAAAUCGAUCAGUCUAUGACAUUUUCUCAUUGAUUUUCAAGGACGGCGCCUAUAACGUAAAAAGUGUGAAUGGAAAGUUCUGGUACGUCUCCAGCAGUGGCCUCGUGUGCUCAGAUGGAGAAAAGCCAGAGGACUUUUUCCUUGAGUUCCUGGAACAUGGACGCGUCGCCAUCAAGGGCUCUGAUGGCAAGUACCUUCGUGGAGACCAGGGAGGUACUCUUAUGGGUGAUGGUACAACUGUUGAUGUAUCUUCUCUUUGGGAAUAUUGA